CGCUGGCACCCGCCUUCGACUUCGACAUCGACAUCCAGCUCCAACUCCGGACUUAGUGGAUAAAUCAUUUUCGUCAGGCGAAACCGGUAAUAUAUAUUUCGACUUCGUCUCGUUUCGAUUCGUGUUUGUGCCUGCCCGUGUGUUUGUGUGUGUGUGCGGGAAAACUCGGAAAAUCCGCGCUCAGUUGGAAACCCAGCAGAAAUGCGCUGUCUCCUGCCUCUGGUGGCCGCGCUGCUCAUCGUGGGCGGCGUCCACGCGGAUGUCUCCCACCUGGACACAGAUCUGCAAGAGGAUGGCUACCACUACAAGCAGCCAUCGGUGCCCUUCCCGCAGCCUGGCAGCGGCAAUGAGAUCGACGAUUCGGGCAUAGGACCGGGUCCAGCUCCAUCGGCGCCAGGUCCCUCAUACGGACCUCCACAGCCUCAACCUCAACCUCCACGUCCGCAGCCACAGCCCACUGCUCCAGGACCCUCGUAUGGACCACCACAGACGCUGCCACCUGCACCGCGUCCGCAACCCACACAGCCAGCUCCAUCUUACGGACCACCACAGACGCUACCACCUGCGCCACGUCCUCAACCCACACAGCCAGCUCCAUCCUAUGGUCCUCCAAAGACACAGCCUCCGCCACCACCGCGUCCUCAACCCACACAGCCAGCUCCAUCCUAUGGUCCUCCUCAGACGCUGCCACCUGCACCGCGUCCUCAACCUACACAGCCAGCUCCAUCUUACGGACCACCACAAACGCAGCCACCUGCACCGCGUCCUCAACCCACACAACCAGCUCCAUCGUACGGACCUCCCCAGACGCAGCCUCCGCCACCACCGCGUCCACAGCCGCCAUCCCCACAACCUGGUCCGGAGUACUUGCCUCCUGACCAGCCCAAGCCUCGUCCCACACCAUCGCGUCCACAGCCACCACCACCAAGGCCACAGCCUCAACCCACUCCAGGAUAUGGACCACCACCAAGACCACAGCCACAGCCUCAACCCACUCCCGGAUAUGGACCACCACCAAGACCACAGCCUCAACCUCAACCCACUCCCGGAUAUGGACCACCCGCAAGGCCACAGCCUCAGCCUCAACCCACACCCGGAUAUGGGCCACCACCACCUGCGCCCGGACCAGCACCCACAGCUCCAGCCCCCUCGUAUGGGCCACCACAAACGCAGCCACCUCGACCUCAACCACCUCGCCCACAGCCUCCACGCCCACAGCCUCCAAAGCCACAGCCGGGAUCUGAGUAUCUGCCCCCACCGGGAGAGAAUGAGGUGACUCCUCCACAGCCACAGCCUACGGCUCCAGUUCCGGAUUACAACCCACCACCCGGCCCUACUUAUCAGCCACGCCCCCCUUCACCACCAGCACCGCCAGCGCCCACCUAUCAGCCACGUCCACCUGCACCUCCUGCACCGCCAGCACCCACAUAUCAGCCCCGUCCUCCUGCACCACCUGCACCACCCACUCAGGAGUACGGACCACCGCCAACCAGCCCCGGGGAGGAGGAUGAGGCGGGCUCCCUGGGACCCGAUGGCUACAACUACAACAAGCCAGCCAAGCCGUUCACCUUCUAGAAUCCAAAAAAUUCGACUUCUAUAAUUCUGUACGCGUACUCGUAGUAUGUUUAGCCACAAAUUAGACCCCACACCCACUUGCCCCAACCCCCACCUGGCGAAGAAAUCUAAAUCCAAAUAAAAGACACAAAUUUACACCAAAAUCAAAAGC